AUGUCUAGUUCACUUCAAGAUGCAAAUGAGAGAGUGGACAUUCUAGAGUCAUUUCCAUUUCAGGACGAUCAAUCGUUGAUCGAGGAGUUACCAUCGAGUGUUGGAUACUCUUCGUACAGUAGCAAUGCAUUCUUUGACCGUAAUGCUUACGAUACACAAUGGGCAGAGGAGAUGGCCGCAAUGGAGAAGAUGGAUGAACUACUCAAGGCAGGUGAACACUUUAUCAACAUGGUCUACACCUAUCGUUCGUGCUCCAAGGCGCUGCCACAGGUGAAGACCUCCGAGCAGGCCAACAAGCAGCAGAUCUACGAGGGCACAUUCGAAGUGCUCGAACCAGAGAUCAAGAAGCUCAAAGACUUUAUGUACUUCCAGCGUGAUACCAUCAAAGUGUUUUGCGAGUACAUCAAGAAACUCGCACAGACCUACGACAAGAAGAAAGAAACAAUCAUCGCCUCCGAAGCACUGAUAUCCUAUCUAAUCAAACUACUCGAUCUUUUCGCACUGCUAGAUGCACUUAAAAACAUGAAAGCAUGUUUGAACAACGAUUUCUCUUUCUUUAAAAGAGCAUCUGGAUUUUUGAGAAAACAAAUGUCGGGAGCUGAAGAUCAGACACAGGAGAAUCAUACUUUAUAUUUGUUUUUGGCACAUCAGAAUUCGAUCACUACAACGUUGAAGCAGGAUUUGCAUAAUAUCGAAAAGUUUGACGAUGUUCUCCCGAUCAUCGUCAAUCAGUGCGCAGACUAUUUGGAUAACGAUAAGUAUAUAUUGCCGUCGGAGAAGCAUUGUUUGUUGCGUGUGAUGCCAUAUGUUUUGUUCUUGAUCGACGAGAACGACUCGAAACACAACAUCUUUAAGAACAAGUCGUUGAAUUUGUCACGUUACGCCAAGAUCUUUAGAAAGAAUCCGGUCGUCCCACUGUACGGAGACAUGCAGAUCACCCUCGAAGCACUGGUUAAGCGUUCGCCACACUUUGACGAGAAGGCAUGGGGAACUUCCACCUUGGAAUCAAAGGUCGCUCUCGACUAUGAGAUCAUCCACUGUGUCGACCAGACCAAGCAGCUCUACAUCGACUACACUGCGCGUUUCGCCAAUAUGGUGAAUGAUAUCCGUGCGUCGCGAUCCCGCAAUCCAAAGGAUCCACUUCCUUUCCCAGAGACCGAUGUUCCCGAGGUGAUCUUGCUCGGUAUGCGUAUCCUCUCGGACUGGUCGUCGCGUGUCCUCCAGCAAUCCGCCUGGAAAUACUCAAAGCCAAACAACGACAACACCAUUCCCGCACAGUUUGACUAUGAGCGUGUCGUUAAGUUCAACUAUCGUCCUGAGGAGCGUGUCGCUCUCAUCCAGUUUAUCGCUAUGAUCAAGGGUCUUGGCUCGUUGAUGGCUCGCCACGAAUCCCUGCUGGAGCCACUCAUCAAGAAGAUCAUCCACAAUGAAAUUCAACAGUUUGUUCAGGUGCAGUUGCGUGAGACCAUCAAGUCGUUCGCCAAGAAGAAGGAGCACAUCAAGCUCGAGCUGACACAACUCAAGAAUCUCGCCGCCGAUUGGUUCAACGGUCAGGAGCCAGUCGAAGCCGCCAACGUCAAGAAGAAGUCGACCAGUGGCGAAGAGAAGCCACAGAUUCCCAUUCGUGCCGUUCCACCCUCGAGCACCCAACUCGACCUGAUCCUCACCAUCGUGUCGUCGUUGAUGGACAAGAAGAAGGAGUUUAGCAGCUCGCAAUUCCAAGAGUUGGAGACAUUCCACAAGUCUGCAUUCUACUACCGCUACCUGCUGAACAUCAGUAGCACCGUCAACCAGAUAACCGAUCUUGCCGAUCUCUGGUAUCGUGAGUUCUAUUUGGAGUUGAACAAUCGUGUACAAUUCCCAAUUGAGACAUCGUUGCCAUGGAUUCUGACCGAUCACAUCUUGGAGUCGGACGAUCCCUCGCUCAUCGAAUACAUCUUCUACCCACUGGGAUUGUACAACGACACUGCACACCGUGCUCUCCAGUCGUUGAACCAACGAUUCCUCUACGACGAAAUCGAGGCAGAGUUGAAUCUCUGUUUCGAUCAGCUGCUCUACAAGCUGUCCGGUAAGAUCUACACUCACUUCAAGACGACCGCAUCGAACAUCCUCCUCGACAAGAGCUACAAACAACAGCUGGAAACCUUCCACUUCCAGGGCAAGUUGAACAUUCCCAAGUCGAGAUUCGAUGUCUUGCUCCGUCAGAAACACAUCAUGUUGUUGGGACGUUCCGUCGAUCUCUCUGGCCUGUUGGCACAGCGUCAAAACACCUACCUGCGUCAGAAUAUCGAGUAUGCCAUCUCGCGUUACGAAGCAUCGGAUUUGACAUCGAUCGUCGAACUCGAAACUCAGUUGAUCAACAUCCGUUUGACCUACAGACUGCUCUCACAAUUCCUUCAGUUGGAUCCAUUGGAGUCGAUCUUGAAUGAAGUGAACGAGUCGACAUCGCUCGUCUCCUACCACGGACGUAUCGCUCUUCACACCAUCUUUGAGAUCAUGUCUGAUUUCGCACCAAACUACACAUUCAAUUCGAUCACCCAGCGUUUCAUCAAAGCACCGUAUCUCUUCACCGAGGAGGUUCAACGUGAAUCGAUGCCAAAGACCAACCCGCUAUUCCUCUUUGGAAACAAGCAGUUGAAUGCUGCCUAUGCCAACUCUGCCGAGUUGCACAAGAGCUUCCUUGGUAUGCCACACAUGCACGCUCUGAUCAACGUCGUCGGUCGCAAGAAUCUACCGUUGAUUAUCGGUGAGUGUCUCAGAAACAUUGAGAUCAAAAUCAACAAUGUUCUCACACCGUACUGUCGUGAGUUGAUCCAGAGUGGUAUGCCACCAAGUCAGAAACUACCGAUCUACGACUACGGAACUGAAGGAGGUUACGGUUACUUCCAGUUGAAGCUAAAGGAUAUCUACACCUAUCCCGAUUUGCGUCCAGAGGUAAUCCAGUGUUUCCGUGAGCUUGGAAACAGUAUCGUGUUUAUGAACCUUUUGGAUCAGGCACUCGUUCAAUCCGAUGCACUGAUCUUCACCAAGUCUGCACCGUUCCUUGGAUUCACACCGGAAUCGUGGUAUCAAGAUCCCACCGGUGAAGAUCCAACGCUUCAAUCGCCACUCUACUCACAACUCCAGAAAUUGGCACAGCUCAUCGAACAGAAACCCGAUGUCACCAAAGUACCAGAGUACUUCAACGAGAUCGUUGGAAACGCUUGGCGUGCCGAUAAAUUCUAUCGACCGGCCGACAACAACACCUCACUCUUCAAAUCAGUACUUCAACGUAUCUCACAGAUUCUCAACAACGUCCGUUCCGAAUGGUCCGGUACCGCACCAGACAACGGAGUGAUCAACGUCGACUCAUCCACCGAGUUCUAUCGUCUCUGGAGUGCACUCCAAUUCGUAACAUGCUGGCCACUCACCAACGAAAACGACAAAUCCUACCAAGAGUUGUUUGGAGACGGUUACAUGUGGGCCGGUUGUACUUUUAUUCAUUUCUUGGGUCAACAAUGUCGAUUUGAAUUGUUUGAUUUCUGUUAUCAUAUUUUGAAUGUUGAGGAAGCAGCAGCAGUUCGUAGCGAUAAGCCAGCUUUGAAAAACUUUUUCAAGACUGCGCAAUUCGUGAAGGAUAUGAACCAACAGAUCUUCUCGAUUCUCAAUACUUAUUGCCCACCACCAGCUCCCUCCAACAUGGUACUAUCUCCACCAGCCACCGAGCAAGCAGAGCAAUUCAUCAUCACCACCACCGUCGAAGAAGUAUCGAAUGCACCUCUCUCUCAUAGUAUAAGCAGUAACAAUUUGGCUGGAAGUAAUUCAUUCCCACCACCACCACCACCCGCCGCUGGAAUGACAAAUAGCUUUCCACCACCUCCACCAAUGAUUGAUGAUAUGCCACCACCUCCUCCACCAUUCGGUAUGCCACCACCUCCUCCUCCAAUCACCAACCCAACAUAA